CAUCAUCUCCAUCUCCUCUCUCUCUCUGUGUCCCUCUUUUUGUCCAUGGUGGAUUCGCCCGGGAGUUGAGAAGGACGAAUUUUUUUAUCUUUUGCCCAGUGGAUGACUGGCUGUGCUGUCGACAGGACGUGAUGGACGACGGUUCCCCCUCUAGCUUUCUCUGCCAGGAGAGCGAGGCCUGCUUGGGCGAUCGCGGGCCCGUCGAGGAGGACGAGGAGUUCGUCCACUUGAGCGAUUGUAGUGUAUUAGAUGACGAGCAGUGUCUGCAAAUGCUGCUCGAUAGGGAGACCGGUUCUGGGUUCGAGAGAGACGGGGGUGCUCUUGAUCCGGGGAAGUGGAUUGACUCGGCCCGCUCCGGCGUGCUCUCGUGGGUUCUCAAAACUAGAAAAGUGUUUGGAUUCCGCUUCCAGACGGCGUACCUGGCAAUGACGUACUUCGAUCGGUUCCUUUCUAGGCGGUGCAUCGAUAGUGAGAAAUCAUGGGCAAUUAGGUUGCUGUCUGUGGCUUGCCUCUCUCUGGCCGCGAAGAUGGAGGAGGUGAGGGUUCCGCCGCUGUCAGAGUACGAGACAGAGGACUACUAUUUCCAGAGCAAGGGGAUUCAGAGGAUGGAGCUCCUGGUGCUGAACACAUUGGAGUGGAGGAUGGGCUCGAUCACGCCAUUCGCAUACCUACAUCACUUCGUGGCGAGAUUACACAAGGAGCCUUCGCAGAGCGGGGUCGCGUCCAAAAGCGUCGAUCUCAUCUUGGGCAUCAUGAAAGAGAUCAACCUGGUCGAUCACAGGCCGUCUUCUAUAGCCGCCGCCGCAGCAUUGGCCGCGUCAGAUGAUUCAUUAACAAGAAAUGCACUGGAGUGUAAAUUAAGCGGCGACUGUUCUUUUCAUCAGAGCCUGGACAUUGUGAGUUGUGUUGAGAAUAUCAAGAAAUCACCAUUCAUCAUGUUCUAUUUCCUCUCAUCAAUCAAAGUAGUCUGUGCCGUUCCUUUUCUCUUGAAAAGUUCCGACCUAUUGAUGCUUUAGAUCUUUUUCUUUUACCCCUCCACAGGAAGAG